AUGCUGACUGUCAAGUUCCCAUCUUCUAGUUUUGCUAAUAAUCAGUUGGAACCUCCUCUAGUUUCUCCAACACCAUCAUCUUCUUCUUCAGUGGGCAAUAGUGCCACUGGGGCUAUUGCUGGAGGAGUUGCUUCUGGUGCUGUUCUGCUGUUUGCUGCCCCUGCAAUUGCUCUUGCUUUGUGGCGCCGAAGGAAACCUCAGAAUCAUUUCUUCAAUGUUCCUGCUGAAGAGGAUCCGGAAGUUCAUCUAGGACAGCUCAAGAGGUUCUCUUUGCGUGAACUACAAGUUGCAUCAGAUAAUUUUAGCAACAAAAAUAUUAUUGGUAGAGGCUGA